CAGAGUACACUUAUCAGUCCUACCUUUCACUGACAAGUUGACAGUUAUAGGACUAUUUGGGUGAUGAGUGUUAGAUUAUGUUUCCAUCAAUCUCUAUCAUGUUUCCUUUACAGUCUGAUUUAAGGGUCCAGAUGGAUUAUUUCCAAGGAGGAACAAAGACACCUAUCAAAAUAGGCCAUUUUCUCCAACCAAUAGGAUCAUCUGUCUUUAAUCUGCCAGAUGGAGAGGAGAGUGAAGUGUUCAUCUGUCAAUAAUGAACUGUACUCAAUAGAGAAUUAUGUUCACAGGUAAUGUUUAUGUUUCUCUUGCCUUUUUCUGUAGUCUAGCUGAAAAAAACCCAUGCUAUUCAAGUCAUUCCUGAUCAAAAAUAGUUUGGCAUAUUAAGCAAACACCCAGCUAACUAUUUGGUAACAGGGAUUAGAUGCUAAGACCUGCAGCCCAUUUACCGUUCCUGCGUACAUCAGUGUCUGUUCUUUAAAAAAAAUAAUAUCUCCAUAGAUUUGUGAAGGGAAAUUGAAUUAUCAAAGAAACUAAUAAGGAUAAUAUAUAAACUGCCAAAAUGAGGUCACGUGGGUUAUUUGCACAACCGUUCAAAAAACGGUCAGAGGUCCAUACUACGCACCCUCAUGUUUUCAUCUAUUUUAAAACAUCCUCUUUGACAGUCCAGGGGAAGAAGCAGUGAAAUUACACGAAUGGGGUGAAAACUAUCCCAAAUUCAGGUGCGGGGCAGAAUGUGAGGCUGCUGAAUAAGUCAUGUCGUCCAAGUCCAUUAGAGAAUUGCCAGAAUUUGCUUUGCCGGCUCAUGGGAUCACUUCAAAGUUUGAUGAGGCAGGCGAUGAGACUGCACGCAUCACAAACCUGACAGUUUUUUUUCAUGUCUUUUGAAGUAAGGAAGCCGAGAUGGCACAUAGAAAAAGGUGUGAUGAAUGUUUUCAGUUGUGUUUUGAAAAACUUACUAACUCCUUGUGGGAACUGAAGCUAGAGUUAGAUGUAAUAAAAAGCUGUUGAUAAAGACAGUUUGGUAUCUCUGAGUCUAGCUGUAACGCACAGACACAAAGUGAUAGUCAAAGGAAGAGAAAGGGCUUCUCAGAUUCUCCGGCUUGGGUUCUGCAUGUUGUCUGGUUGCAGCCAAAAAAAGAGAAGGCAAAAAAACUGCCCUGCAGUUUGGUAGAUCAGAGGCUCUUUGAAAUGUUAAAUAUAAUCUCCGACAUAAUACAAUAACGGUGUUCUGUUCUACUUAUCAGACCAAAAAUAGUGCAAGAGCAGUGCAGGGAGCAAACUGUCUGUGGAUGAGGUGUACACCAAACCCAGCAACUGAUUUUUUGUUUGUUUUUUAUUUUACUUAUCCUUAAUUCAACCUGGAAGGUCCCAUUUAGAUACAAUGUCACGUUUGCCAGCGAGUUUUGGUCAAGAAUGGCAGCAAUGAAAUAAAAAGGUUUCAUAGAUUAACAAGCAGGAACAGACAAUUAAAACACAGCUAACAGGCUAAAGUGGAGAACAGACAAAGAAACACACAGGAGUCAACGUCAAAAAUGAAUUAUGAAAACCAAAAAGCACAUGUUAGCAAUGAUAUUUGUUCUAUGAAAACUAAUUUUAAAAGAUUUUUGAACAUGCCAAGAGAGGGUAACUACUCCAGUUUGAAAAAAAUUCUUGCAGCUCAUUCCAAGCAUGUGGUGCAUUAAUGCAAAAUAAAAAAUUUAUAGCAAUCUAAAGGUAUGAAAGAAAAUAUAUACAUAUAUGGAAAUAAUGCAUUAUUCAGAGGGACAUGAAGUGUGCAAAUGAACAAUGAAUAAUCAACAACGUGUGAAUACUAGUGGCAUAGAAAUACUUGCAGCAUUCACUUGCAGUGAUUUCAAGACAUCUCCAAAUCUAUCUCGCCUUUCCUCUGUGGUGGUUCGACUGUGACGGAUGGGUGGUUACCUGAGUAACGUCAACAGCUACAGACCUGGUGUGUGGAGUUACAGAGGACCAACUUUUAAAAUGUGUGAAAUAUUUACACAUGCAGGACGGGAUGCUUUUUCUAAGCAUCAUAAAUCAUAAACACAAAUCACCGCCGUCGCAAAGCCAACGAUCCGGCAGCACCGACUGUGGCUGCAAAUGCUGAAAGAACAGUACAGUGAAAGAAUUCACGGCGUCUCCCUCCGUUCACAGUGAUGAAUGGUCCCCCUCUUUUUUGUCAGAACAACAAAGUGCACAGCAACAAAAGGCUUUGAUGAUGAGUAAUUGUUUUUGAGCUGGAAUAUGACCUUUGUGUGUGCGGCGUAUUUCUGUCAUUGUGAGAUGAUUGGCUCAACUUUUCCCUGUAUAAUCCUGCUUCGUGGAGCACAUAUAGCUUAAAGCGCUGCCAAGGUGAUGCGUGAAGGUGCGAUUUCACAGAUGAAUGUGGUGGAGCAACAGUAUCACAGUGGUGGUUUCCUCUAUGCGUGGAUCUGACUGGAGUUGGAGUUAACAUCUUGACCUCUUGAUGGUUGUGAUUGAGAACAUUUUGGAGGCGUUGUAGCUCGGGCAAAUGCUGCAUGUACCUUGCAUGACAGCCACUUACUCAGAGUGUGUGCACAUAAUGUGGUUUGUUUGCCUCCACGCUAUGAAACACAAUGCUGUGAUCCCACACAAAUGUGUCCAAAUCAAAUCUCUCGCAGGCUCACUUUGUGUACUGUCUGUCUCCUCUCAUCCACGUGUUGACAAAUCCUAUAAUAAAAUAUGACAGUUUGCACAUAGAGCAUGGCGCUUAUUGAAUUAUUGGCUCAUUUUGAAGAUUAAUAUGGGACACCAUAUUCCUUGUGGCGUUGUGAAACAGCAUAGCCACUAAUGGCAUGAUUUAUCCCUCUAAUACAACCACAGCACUGACUCUGGGUUGGAAAAUCCAUAUACCCAUGUAAGAUUGUCAUAUUACACAGUAUCUGAUGAAUGUUUACCACACAGGGCAUCCGUGAAAUCUCCGGCAUAAGCCCAUGAACAAUUCUUACUGUGCCUGACAAUAAAAGGUCACACUCCUAGUGGCACAGGCACACGUCCACAUAAGCGCUAGCUUUUCCUUCUCUUGACUGAUUCUUGUUUAGGUGACACAUGCUUAUUUUAAUAGAGACCGUCACACUUUCUCCUAAUGACUAAUCUUCUCAUUUACUCGGCAACUAACAACUCAGUAGAAGAUGAAGAGGAAAGUUAAUAUGCAGACAGGAUAUGGACUACCUCCCCUACAACCUGUACGGAGUCUGUAUAGAUAAUUUCAAUAUAAAUAUAAAUUACUCUGUGGAUGUCAGUGGAGUGGUAAACAGGAGCUGUGUGGAAGUGUACGGCUGAAAGGCAGUACGACAGGAAGUCUACACGUCGCUCUUGACCACCACCUGAGAUAUAACUGCUGGACUUCUGAAAGCUGAUGCAGGUCAUGGGUCUUUGUAAUGGCGUGUGUGUGCGUGUGGUUCCAGGAUGUCAAUUAUCAUGGUUGCCAUAUUUUAUUUUCUGGAGUAUAGUCCACACAUGCCCUUCUUCCGCUGUAAAUAGUCACCAGCUCAUCAUGUAUGUGGUCUGGAAUUGCUCCCAACAAAUGCACAAACGCUGUUAACAACAGUGUUCAGCUGUUUUAGUGAAAAAACAAAAAAACAUCAGCCUUUUCUGUUAAAUAAAUCUCUCAAGAGCCAUUUUUAUAGAUGCGUCUCACAUGAGAACAAAUGAGUAUUGAGAAACUAUUGUGAUGAUGGUUUUGGUCUCUCUGUGGGUUUUGUUUGAAUAUGGAAAAUGAAAAGAAUAUUGCAAACCUUAUGUAACAAAGCCAAUCAGAGUGAAAUAUACACUAGUAAUAUAUAUUAUAAUUACACAAUCUGUGGAACAUUGGAGACAGUUUCCGUGACCCUACUGUACAUUCACUUCUGUGAGGUCAUGGCUACACUCACAAAACUAUUUAGGCCUAAUUCAAGAUUUAUGUAUAUUAAUUGCAUGCAAAAUUCCCAUCCAUUUGGAUUGCAUAUAUCAGGGUAAGUCAAUAAUUGGCCUUUACCUCUCCCCUUUUGACAUUGUACUACAGGGCAGAUGAAAGUGACAAAUGUUUCAGCAUUUCAGUUGAAUUAAAAAAUGUUGUCCUAUCUUAUACGUACUGCGUAGUACCUCAACAUCCUGUGUCAUAUAAUUUGUAUAGGAGCUCAAAUUACAUGAUCACAAUUAACUGGAGUAGUUUUCCUAUUUACCUCUUUUGUCAAUUUGUCAUUUUCUGUUUUAUAUUGAAUGCAACUUUAUCUGCCCUUUUGCCAUUGCACUCCAUGUGAGAGGAGUUCAGGUUACAUCCUCACAAUUGACCGGAGGAUUUAUUUUUUUUGCCCCCUUUGUCAGAAUAAAUGGAGAUUGCUUCUAAACAGAUCCUGGUCUGGGCCUCUUCAUCAGAACACAACAAAACACAAGUUACAGUUAUUGUUGAAUUUAUUUUGUGAAUAAUAUUUAUUUCUGAAUGUCAUGUUUUUGCUUUGAGAGUUGCCUUUUUACAGUUCAACUGCUUUUUUGUCUUUACUGCUGUGACGAUACGAGUGGGCUUUUGGAAAGUGGGUCGCUUAAAUUGCUCCUCACACAGUCAGGUGCUACAAAAGCAUUUUAUAGGCAUCACAGGAUGCUCCUGUGGGCAACUGUGUCAAAAGACAAUGUGGAGGAGUGGAAAUGAAUGUCAAAGGCGGGGGUAUGCUUCUGCUGUGUCAGUCCGUCUCAUGUCGGCCCUUCAGCAGCCCACGCAUCAUUAAGUGGAGGAGUUUUUUGAGCUGAUGACGCUGCUCCCACUGAUCGUUCAUGUCAUUAUCACUACAGAGUUUGGCUCUCCACAUGCCAACAGUGUUAAUUCCCAAAUCGUACACUUCCAACCCCUGAGAUCCUCAGGUCCAUUAAAUCAACGGUGCUCAGAACGGAGAAUUACAUGUCGCCCCACAGCUCAUGUGGUCAACUUGUUGAUAUUCUAAUGAGGACGGGGGAAGGCCCACUGGGAGGAAAAUGGAUUACAGUAAGAAGUCUGAGAUUCACUCUGUGCCGAUAUCUCUGUUACAGACGUGACGAUUUAAUGAUUAAGUCAUGGUCAAAUACACGGAGCCCAUUUUGAAGAAAAAAAACCCUCACUUUAAUAGACAUUUGGUUUCUCGUCAUGCCAGUAUCAAGACUGUGGGAAUGUUAAGGUACAGUUUCUGACCGGGGUCAAAGGAAGCGGUUUAAGAUGUUUAAUAGGUAGGUAAUUUGCAAAUAAUGAAUCUAAUUAUUAAGUACAAACUUUUUCCAGAAUGGCGGUUGUUUACCUUUUUUAUACGUUUCCUGGCAACCCUGUGUUUCAGGUCACAACACCAUGGACUUGCCUCAGGUGUGCAUCGAUGGUGACUGAGAGGAAGUGGGCACAAAGGGCUCAAAAAUGCCACGAGCGACCCCUCAUUCCCCUAACGAUUUGACAGUGGGACAGCCCGAAGCCCUCACGGACUUAACGGGAACGCGCCUCAAAGUCUUUGAUUUGCUACAUGGGACCAUGAACUCAUCAGCUGGUGCAGGAAACUACCGCAGGGGAUCCGUGAAGGCAGAGAAGGACCUAGUGGGCAGCGCUCCGCCUCAGAGGAACUGGAAGGGGAUAGCCAUCGCCCUGCUGGUCAUCCUCAUCAUCUGUUCCCUGAUCGUCACCUCUGUCAUCCUGCUGACUCCUCGUGAAGAUGACAGCCUCGCCCUUAAAAAGAAAGUGACCAUAGAGGAUGUCUUCGGCCCAGAUCUUCACAUCCAUGACCCAGACGCCAAAUGGCUCAGCGAGAGUGAGCUGCUGUAUCGCACAAGGGACGGGGACGUCGUCAAGCUUAACGCCGACACAAAGGAGACAACAGUCAUCGUGCCGUACCAGUUGUUUGACAGGUCCAGAGCCGCCAAGUACCAAGUAUCUCCAGACAUGCAACAUGUGUUGUUCGCCUUUGAUGUAAAACCGAUCUAUCAACACUCCUAUGUGGCCAAGUACAUUAUUUACAGCCUUGUGACACAGGAAACUUGGCCUCUGAACCCCCCUGAGGUGCAUGAAGCUGCCCUGCAGUUUGCUGGAUGGGGACCCCGAGGCCAGCAGCUGAUCUUCAUAUUUGAAAACAACAUCUACUACAAGACAACGAUAGAGAGCCGAGCGAUCCGCCUGGUUUCCACUGGCCAAGAGGGGGUUGUCUUCAACGGCCUCGCUGACUGGCUGUAUGAGGAGGAGGUCCUGCAGACCCACGUUGCCCACUGGUGGUCUCCAGACGGGCUGCGGCUGGCCUACAUGACCAUCAACGACUCGCUGGUGCCAAAGAUGGAAGUCCCGUUUUUCACAGGAAUGCCGUACCCUGCCAACCUGGAGUAUCACUAUCCAAAGGCUGGGGAGGAAAACCCUGUAGUGCACUUGUCUGUGGUGAGCCUCAACGGACCCCUGCACACGGUGGUGAUGAAGAAACCCGAUGACCCCCGAAUAGGUAGGGAAUAUUACAUCACCAUGGUGAAAUGGGCCACCAGCACCAAACUGGCCAUCAACUGGCUGAACAGAGCGCAGAACAACUCUAUCCUGACACUGUGCGAGGCGACGACUGGAGUCUGCAUCAAGAAACACGAGGACGAGAGUGACACCUGGUUGCACAGACAGAAUGAGAUGCCACUCUUUUCCCAAGACGGACACAAGUUCUUCUUCACCCGAGCAAUACCUCAGGGUGGGAGAGGAAAGUUCUUCCACAUCUCUAUGGCUACCUCGAUGCCCAACACAAGCACAGACAUCCUUCAGUCCCUGACCUCUGGAGACUGGGACAUCACCAGAAUCCUGGCCUACAAUCACGAGAGGAGCCUCAUCUACUUCCUGAGCACAGAGGACGACCCCAAGCGACGCCACUUGUACAGCGCCGACACCAUCCCCCCGUUCAACCGCUGCUGCCUGUCCUGUGAGUUCAAGUGCGGCUACGUGGACGUCUCGUUCAGCCACAACAUGCAGUACUUCUUACUCAACUGCAAAGGCCCAGAUAUACCAAGUGCGGCCAUCUAUAGCACUGAGGACAAACAGAAGGUGUUUGACGUGGAGACCAAUGAAAGAGUAAACAACACGUACAACAACAUGCAGAUGCCCAAGUUGGAGUACAAGACCAUCACCAUAGACGACUACACCCUGACGAUGCAGAUCCUGAAGCCCGCGGGAUUCGUGGAAACUGCCCAUUACCCCUUACUGCUGCUAGUGGACGGUACGCCCGGUGGGCAGAUGGUGACGGAGCAAUUCCAGGUGGACUGGGACACGGUUCUGGUCAGCAGCUUCAGCACCAUUGUGAUCCGCUUCGACGGCCACGGCAGCGGCUUUCAGGGCACCAACCUUCUCCACAAAGUCAGGAGGAAGCUGGGGAAGUUAGAGGAGAGGGACCAGCUGGAGGCGCUGAGGUUCAUAUCUAAAGAGCCCUACAUUGAUAAGAAUCGGAUGGGAGUUUUUGGAAAGGCCUAUGGAGGAUAUUUAGCCACGAUGCUAUUGAGCUCUGAGGAUUUUACCCAACUCAAAUGUGGAACGGCAGUCUCACCCAUCACAGAUUUUGAGCUAUAUGCAUCUGCAUUUUCUGAACGAUACCUCGGCUUAAAGACGGAUUCCCGAGUAUACACGUUGGCAAAUUUAGCACACAGAGCGGGUCUGCUUCUGGAGAAACAGUUCCUGAUAAUUCACCCGACUGCUGACGAAAAGGUUCACUUCCAGCAUACAGCCAAAUUUAUCAACCAUUUAAUCAGCGAGAAAGCCAACUACACUCUACAGAUCUACCCAGACGAAGGACACUUUCUGCACAGCGAAGGGACACAGCAGCACCUGAGCCAGUCCCUGGUCAACUUCUUCGAGGAGUGUUUCCGGGUGCCGGAGGUGCUGAAGGAGGACCAGCAGGAGGAGGAGGAGGAGGACGACAGCUAAGCCUGCUCCUCUUGAGGAACCCACCACCACCACCGCCACCACCACACGCCGCACACACCCCACCCGGCCAGCAACUACAGCAAAAUAUGCAACAGAUCUUUCUGACCCCGAUCAAACCCACAACCUGCUGUCCCAUCUGAAAUGUAGCUCCACUCGGAAUCGCAGCACCUGCAUGUGCAACAGGAGCCUCUGCGUCUUCUUCACCACGUUCUGACCAGAAACCCGUCAUAAGGAUGAUGGCUAAAUGUCAGAUAUGAACUGUUCUUUUGCUCUCUGUUGUCGGAAUAAACGGACUAGUGCUCCCUCUGGUGGACAAAAAGAGGAUCAACAUGAGGCCCAAUGGGGCGAUCUGUCUCAUUCCAAACCAGGUACAUUAACUGAGCGCUUUGCAGCACAAAAUGUUUCCCCCUGUGAAGAUCAGCUCAUUAAGUUGAGAUUUAUCUUUUUUAAAGGCUGCCAGUUUCUGAUAACCUUUGCCAACUGACUUCCUGAUUAUUGUGUUCAUCAUGAGCUGCGACUUGUUUCUUAGAGUCUCUGUUCAGUGUCUUACAAUAGUACCGUGUCUUUGAGUCGACGUCUGACUGCAUCGGUCAUUAGUUGCUUCACAAAACGAAGGCACAAUGUUUAACUUGUGUUGUACUUAAGAAAAAAACAAACCCUGUCCAUACAAAAAUCAUUUUCCCCUCCUCAUACUGUAUAUCUGGGUUGAACCCUUCUUUUAGUCACUGUGCCUUACUGUGGGUGAGAUGUUGUUGUUAGGAGCCCACAUGAUGCUGAAGAUGAGUAAAUAUGGGAAGGCCUCGUCUGACCUGUGCAUUCUGUUGAUAACUCCAACACAGAUCACGAUUUCAUUUUCCUGAAAUAUUGAAAAGUGCAAAGUCUGACGCGGUUUUAUUGUAGAACUUGGAGAAAAAAAAAUGAAUACAAAAUAAGUGUGUGCUUGACAGAUGGCAUUAUGCUGAAACAAAUGUUGAGAAUAUUUAGUUUGCAAAUACAGUUCUUGAUCUUUAUCUCCUAAACUUGCAUUCUGUUAACUAUGCUGAACUUUUAUUAUUUUGUGAAUUUCUUUGACCUUUGUGUUAAAUGGCUUGACCCCCCGCCGUCUGUUCUUAUUGUCAGUGGUUUCUAGUCAGCUGAUGUACAAAGUGUAUAAAUCUUAUAUUGUUUAAGUCUUUAUGUUGUAUGUGCAACUUGUAUAUAAAGCAUUUUGAAAUGUA